AUGGACGUUAUCAAAAACGUCGUCGAGGCCGCUGAGAACUACCUGUGGGGAAACGAUGAAGCAUCCAACACUCUGUCGGGGGAGGAACCUGUGGCUGGUGUUCAGGGGAAAGGCACGGCGGCAGAUCCAUAUGACUCUGGGAACGCACCAAAAGACCUUGCCCUCGAGCAUGCGAAAGAAUCUGCAGAACAAACGAAAAAUGAAGGAGGAGGGACAACACAUGAAUCGGAAAACCAAGGGACCAUCCCACACGGCUUUGUUCCCGGUAGCGGCAGCAGUACAACUCCCUCAGGUGGACAGGUACGAAAAACAGAGCGGUCAAAAACCGAACCAGAUGUUGUAGUAAAGAACCCCCUAGCAGGAGCUAGCGGUGGCUUUACGGCCAACGCACACUCUGAAACCAGCUCCAUGCCGAUCACAUCUCCUCCCAUGUUGGCAACUCCGGCUACGUCCAGAAAUCCCCCUGCUGCAGGAGUCCUGUCACAGGACACUCAUUUACCACCACCCCUUCAAGCCUCAAUUGCGGAAGCUAGUGGGGGUAGGGGUAGUAGUAAGGGCAGUGAGCACCAUGCAGCAGCAGCGGGAGCUGCUGCUGCUGCACGAAUGGCCCCACCUCCCACCGGAACUAGCCAUGUAUCAGCUCCCCAGAAACCAAAUGCUGCAAGUGCUCGUGGUCAGCCUCGGGCUCAGAAUCCUCCGCUCGAAGAGCACCAUGUAUUCAGCACUGGAUACGCUGCUGAAGGGGGUGAUUUUGAUGCUGCGGAGCCCGGCGCGGGGAGAGAAGCUGACCGCCUUCUAGCCGAACAUCAUCAAGAAGUUUCUCUUGGCAAGAAUGGGCCGGGCAAGGAGCCCAAAGCCCAAAGCCCGCAAUCAAAACCGUCGUCGGCUCCUCAACAUGAAAAGAAUGCUGGUAAUGACGGCGGUUCUAAUCAGAAUAAUACUCCGUCGCAACACCAUUCGAUACCACACCCUUCGUUUUCACAUUUAAAGGAGAAGCUGCAUAAGGGUGGUAAGCAUUAUUCGUAG